AGGCUACAACGAUAGUCACUUUUGUCACCUAACGCAGGUAGCAGUGCUGCAGCAAGCAGGAAUGAAGGACAAUUUGACUUUCCACACUGAGUAGAUUGUAUUACUGAUAGAUGAGUGGACCAUGGGGGUAGGCAUCAUGGCUGAUUUUGGCCCCAGGGAGUUCAUCUCAGGACUGUGCCACACAGAUUCCCUCAACCCAUUCCCUGUGUGGCAGGAUGGAGCCAUCAGCCACUGCUUUAACCAGCUGAUCCUGGGAGCCCUUGCUCACUGUGUCGUGGCAGUGUUUAGUGCCUGCUACCUGAGUGCUCAGAGAUGCAGCCUCUUCCGGUCCUCUCCCCCGUGCGCCUGGGGCUUCCGGUUGACCUCCGCCCUGCUGGUGGCCUUGCUGUUCCUGGGGGACGUGAUCCUGGUGGCCCUUCUCCAUCAGGGGGACGUGUACCUAGAUGUUCUGGCAGACGGCUGUGCCAUCCUUGCCUGGCUUGUUCACUUCGGGGCCCUGCUGGUCCUCCGGGGGUCUGUUUACAGAACAACCAGGGGUCCAUGUACCUUACUACUGCUGGUCCUGUUGCCUCUCCCUAACCUGGUAGUCACACUGCUGGCUUAUGCCCAGGAUGCCACCUACCUGGACCUGGGGGAGCCCCUUAGGGUGGCACGGCUGGCGCUUGCCGCCGCCCGGGUCCUCCCUCUCCUGGCCUACCUCCUGGCCUUUGGUGCUCCCUGUGUCGCCGAACGGAGCUAUGCCUCAAUGUCAGUCAAUGAUGCGGAUGAUUCUCUCCUCAUCCCGGAGAGUUCUCUCCAGGACACCGGGGAGAUGGUGGCGGAGGACGAAUGUAGCUGCGUCUCCCGGCUGCUCUACCUGUGGUUGAACCCGCUGUUGAGGCGCGGGCGGCGUGGCGAGCUGGAGAGGCCGUGCGACGUCUACCUCCUUCCUCGGAAGCUCCGCACAGACGCAGUGCGCCGCCACUUCUUCCGCUGCUGGGAGGACUGCCAACAGGGGGCAGCAGCACAGAGAGGGAACACUACAACCAGGCCUAUAAGCAAGAGCCUACAGAACGGGUCAUGGACCUCACCUCUCCACGAGGAUCAAUCUGACACAAUAGUAGAGCACGUGGGACUGUUGAAAGUGUUGCACAAAGCCUUUGGACCGUGGUACUACCUCCUUGGUUUGCUGAAGCUAGCGUGCAAAGUGCUAGGCUUUGCAGGGCCUCUGCUCCUCAGCAGCCUGGUGAACUAUAUGGAGGAGGAGGACGCCCCCAUCAGCUGGGGGGCCUGGUGUGCAGCGGGACUCUUCUUCAGCACAUUCACGUCAGCCAUCAUCCGGAACCUCUUCAUCUUCGAGGUUUCUAAGGUCGCCCUGACGGCACGCGCUGCUCUCGUCACUGCCGUCUACCGCAAGGCGCUGCGGGUGAGCGGAGGCAGCCUGGCCGCUCGGUUCACCCUUGGCGAGGUGGUCAACCUCAUGAGCACGGACGCGGACCGUGUGGUCGGCUUCUUCAACAGUUUCCAUGAAGUUUGGAGCCUGCCCUUCCAGUUGUCAGUCGCUCUCUACCUUCUGUACCUCCAAGUUGGGGUGGCGUUUCUAGGGGGGCUGGGCGUGGCUCUGCUGCUGGUGCCGCUCAACAAGGUGCUGGCCACACGUAUCGUGGAGAACAACAAGCACAUGCUCGCGUACAAGGACAGCCGUGUCAAGCUAAUGACUGAGGUCCUCUACGGAAUACGAGUCAUCAAGUUCUACAACUGGGAGGCUCACUUCGCCCGGAGGAUAGCCGGCUACCGGGAACAGGAGCUGUCGCACCUCAAGGCCACCAAGUACUUGGAUGCGUUGUGCGUGUACACCUGGGCUGCCCUACCUAUAGUCAUCUCUAUUCUCACGUUCAUCACGUAUGUUCUGCUGGGCCACCAACUCACCGCGGCCAAGGUGUUCACCACUCUGGCUCUGGUGGGCAUGCUGAUCCUUCCACUGAACAGCUUUCCCUGGGUCCUCAACAGCACCCUGGAGGCCAAGGUUUCCCUGGACCGCAUCCAGCGCUUCAUAAAGCUGCCCGACCAGGACCUCGGCGCGUACUACAGCCACGUGGCCCCUGAGGACCCCCGGGUCACCAUUGUGAUAAGUCGGGGCACGUUCUCAUGGUUGGGGCCUGGGAGACCCGGCCAAACCCCAGAGAGGGAGGCGGAGGGAGACACGGCGUCCCCUGGGGGCAGUCUGCUCUUACGUUGCCUCGACCUUACCGUCUCUAAGGGCUUGCUUGUGGUGGUGGUGGGCAAGGUGGGUUGUGGGAAGAGCUCUCUGCUUGCAGCCAUCACCGGAGAACUCAGCAGGCUUGGAGGGACCGUGUACGUCCAGGGCAGGGAGGACGGCUUCGGCCUGGCUGCUCAGGAACCGUGGAUCCAGCAUGCAACAGUGCGUGACAACAUCCUGUUUGGCAGGGACUACGACAGCGGCUUCUACCAGGCUGUGGUCGAGGCCUGCGCUCUAACAGAUGACCUCAACAUUUUACCUAAUGGGGACAGGACCGAGGUGGGGGAAAACGGAGUUACGUUAAGUGGAGGACAGAAAGCCCGUCUGGCCUUGGCCAGAGCUGUUUACAUGGAGAAGGACAUCUACCUCCUCGAUGAUCCACUGGCAGCAGUAGAUGCUGACGUGGCCUGUCACCUCAUGGAGAAAUGCAUAAUGGGAAUCCUCGGUAGCAAGACCAGAAUCCUUUGCACCCACCGAAUCGAGUUUGUGGACAAAGCUGACGUGGUGAUCCUCAUGGAAAAUGGAACGAUUAUCAAAACGGGUUCACCUGAAGAGGUCCUGCCUUUGGUGGAAGCAGUGCCAAAGAACCGGAAGAACCAUAAUAAUGUAAAAGAUCAAGAUGUUACUGAGCAAGAGGAGAAUCUGAGUCUGCCCAAUGAGCUUCGUGUGGAGGAGGAGUGUUCUUUGUUGGGGGAGGAGCAGAAGGCGGUGGGCGGGCUGUCCUGGAAGGUUUACCACGCCUACUGGAGAGCGGUGGGAGGAGCCCUGGCUGGGUCUGUCCUCCUGGCACUACUCCUGAUGCAAGGCACUAAGAAUUUGUCAGACUGGUGGCUGUCCUACUGGAUCUCCAACCUGAAGAACAAUGGUUCCGCCCACAAUCCUCUCACACCUGCCUAUACCUCACCUCACCUGCUGCUCUUCUUUCCUGGAGGACUUGUGUCCUCCGUCACUACUGUGGUAACGGCCCCUUCCUCCAACAUGAGCGCUGAGGUGAAUUUCUAUCUGACUGUGUAUGGUUCCGUUGCGGGGGCUAACACGGUCUUCACGGCCUUCCGAGCCUUCCUCUUCGCCUAUGGAGGCAUCCGCGCCGCGUCCGUCAUCCACAACAGACUGCUCAGCACAGUCCUCAAGGCUACGGUGACCUUCUUUGACACCACGCCUCUGGGCCGCGUCUUAAACCGCUUCUCGGCCGACCUGUACAGCGUGGACGACACGCUUCCGUUCGUGCUCAACAUCCUGCUGGCCAACGUCUUCGGCCUGCUGGGCACGCUGGUGGUGAUGGGCUAUGGCCUUCCCUGGGUCCUGUUGCCCGUCCUGCCCCUGGGCCUGCUCUACCACCGCGCGCAGCGCUUCUACCGGCACACGUCCAGAGAGCUGAAGCGCCUGUCCAGCGUCACCCUGUCCCCGCUCUACUCCCACUUCUCGGAGACGCUGAGCGGCCUGGCGACCAUCCGAGCGUGUUCCGGCGCGGCCAGGUUCGAGGAGGAGAACGAGAAGCGACUGGAGCUGAACCAGCGCUGCCGGUUCCUUAGCAACGCCGCCAUGCAGUGGCUGGACAUCCGACUGCAGAUGAUUGGUGUGGCCGUGGUGACGGCCAUCAGUGUCAUCGCCGUCAUCCAGCACCAGUACAAAUCCAUCGACCCAGGUCUGGUUGGUCUGUCCUUGGCUUAUGCCCUGUCCAUUACGGACCGGCUAUCAGGCCUCAUUUUCAGCUUCACCCAGACAGAGAUGCAGCUGGUGAGUGUGGAGCGGACGGAGGAGUACUCCAACAGCCUGCCCACUGAGCCCCAGCAGGACAACCCCCAGGUUCCCGCCUCGUGGCCGGAGCUGGGUUGGGUGGAGUUCCGCGGGGCAGUUCUGGCUUACAGAGAGGGGCUUCCCAACGCCCUGGACGGGGUGAGCCUGAUGGUCCGGCCUGGGGAGAAGGUGGGGGUGGUUGGCCGGACAGGCUCAGGCAAGUCCACCCUGUUUCUGGCCCUCUUCCGAAUGGUGGAACUGAACCAGGGUCAGAUCUUACUGGACGGAGUGGACACCAGCCAGGUGGGACUGACCCAGCUCAGGUCAAAGCUGGCCAUCAUCCCCCAGGACCCGUUCCUGUUUAGUGGGACGGUGAGGGAGAACCUGGACCCCUGUGGACUUCACCCUGACCACCAACUAAUGGACGCCCUGGGGCACUGUCACCUAAUCCCUCUCAUUAACCGCAUCGGAGGACUUGAAGCAGAGGUGGGAGAGAGGGGGAGGUCUCUAUCCCUGGGACAGAGACAGCUGCUGUGUCUGGCCAGGGCCCUGCUGACCGAGGCCAAAAUUCUGUGUAUCGACGAAGCCACGGCCAGCGUUGACCAAAAGACUGACAAGCUGCUACAGCAGACGAUCAGAGAGAAGUUCCAAGAUAAGACGGUCCUCACCAUUGCCCAUAGAAUUAACACCAUCAUGGACUCGGACAGGGUGCUUGUGAUGCAUUCUGGGAAGGUGGUGGAGUAUGACACCCCCGCUGCUCUGUGCCAAAGAGAGGACUCUAUGUUCUCCAAACUUGUUGGUGGGAGGAGAGAGUGAGAGGAAACCCAGAGGACUGAUGACAGUGGGAUCUCCCACUGUCAUCAUUGGAGGCCUGGCUUGCUGGACCUACCAGCCACGCAUUCAAGGGAGUUGGUAGAAGUUUCCCAUAACCAAAGGUCCCGAGUCAGAUGUUUUAUCCCUGUAAUGGUUAAAUGAAGUGGUGUUCCCUGAUCUGUGGUUAAGGAUAGAGACCUAACACUCUCCAAUCCCCACACUUAAUGACCGUUUGACAUCAGGGAGGGUCUGUAAAUUAGGAAACCUAAAUGUUUUUUUUUGCUUUUUUCCUUUUGAAUGGAAUAUCAUUCCACUGCUAAGAUACAUUUUACGUGACAGGUCAUUUACUUAAAUUAUGAAUAUCUGAGAUUUCAACCUAUUUUCUAGUAAAACAACUGUAUAUUGAGAAAUGUUGUGCUGUCUGAUAAUGUACUGUAAGAGAGAACAUCUCAGGAAGGAUUCAUGUCUUCUGCACUUUGUUGUGGUCAGUACUAAUGUCAUUAUGGAUAUGAAUGUUUAUUUUGUUACAGUAAACACCACUGGCUUUACACA